UCCUAUCACAGAGAACAGUCGGUUGUUGUAAUUUCGCCAUGGCAGAAGAAUGCUCUUCCAGGAAUGAUUGUUCUCAGGAAAGUAGGCAAGCUGAAGAGAAGAAGCCGGUGAGAGUGGAGAAUGCUGUAGGGACAGGGAGUGAAUUUGAUGGCACUGACAGUGACGAGAAGAAAAAUGUUCCGUUAGCCAAAAAAAGCAGAAAACGAAAGUAUUGCAUAUGGGCCAUUGCUUGCUUAGACAAUUGGAAUAGAGGCUGGAGGAGGAACGGAAAAAAAAGUUUGGAAGGUGCCGAUUUGAGGGAGAAGUAUCCACUUUGUAUACCUGUGAGUGUAGAGAAGGAUGCAGGGAGUGACAUUCCGGACAUUAACAUGAAGAAAUUCCUUAUCCCUUCUGAUAUGCUUCUUAGAAAAUUUGUUCAGUUUUUACGGGGUUAUAGCAGAAAGCCCAUGUUUGUCUUUUUCAAGAACACUACUCAACCUCCCACUGGUGUCUUGAUGUCUGCAAUCGAUGAGGAAAAUAAGGAUAGCGAUGGAUAUCUUCACGUGAUUUACAGUGGGAAUGAUCAUUUGAGUGGAUUGUUUGAAGAGCUCAAGUUAUCUUCAUAGGUGACCUCAUAAUGCAUGGUAAUCUGCUGGAUGGGACUACUGAAAGAAAUGCAUGGAGUUGAAAUAUUUUAGUGACUUUCUAGUUAUCUUUUACGUUUAAUGGACACUAAUUAGUAAAUGAGUGUAUGU